AAGGCCGCGGUGGUCUCAAUAAUGCCUUUAACGGGUUCCAUCGGCGGUAUUAUUUCGCGCGCUGUCAGAGUGCGCCUCGGCAUGAGCUGUCUUCGCGGGCCUUGCACCGGUUCGGCCACACGAGAUGGUUGUCUCUUUUAAAGCUAAAGCAACAUGGCGUUAUUGCGCAUGUAUUUUAUCAUCGCUUACAUCGCUUCAACCCUGCGUUAAGGUCGUCUUGGUGGCGUUUGUCACUGCGUGCUGUCAGUGUGCAUGUUAGCCGCAGCUAGUGCUAAAAGCAGCUAGCUUGCUCGGCUGUUUGUUUGUAGCGUCUCUUACCCCCCUUCUAGUAGGCCGUAUUCGUGACAUAAUUUACGUACUCCAGACAGCGUAGCCGAGCAGCGAUGGCGCAUGGGAACCGUGCGGAACGUGUCGUACUUGUUUUCGGGAAUACUAAACCUGGUCCUGGUUCGUAUUCUGAAAGGUCGUUUACGUCCAGAGUUGACACUUGCUGAAGAAACAUGGCGACGUUCUGUCGUAGAAGGUUAGCAAGGCAAUAGGUGUAUCAGUUGGAAUGUCGUUUCUUUGUCGUCCUUUUGCUGCUUGUUGGCUUACACAACUUAUUUACGUGAUACUAACCCCUUUCAAAUUCCCACACUGGUUGUUUUAGGACACAUGACACGUAAUGGAACAAUAGCUCCUGGGCUAACAUUUGCUACGACGGGUACAUUAGCUUUCAGUUAACGUGUCUUUGAUGUAUCCUCUGUAAAUAACGUCAUAAAGGGUGUCAAAUAACAGCACAUCAGCAGCUCAAAUCAACACGUUGUCAAGAUUGGUUUACCAUGGACAGUGGUGUCCAAAUUCUGGCAUGGGGGUCAUUUUUGACCCACAGCUACCUGCUUUCUGGCGUCCAGACAGUUGAAAGACUGCUUUGGCUACGAAAUGACUCUACAUCAGCUUCACAUUCUAUUCUGUGGGAGCAAUGUCAUUGCCUCCAAUGGGGGCACAACAAAAAGGGAGAUGAGCGUGAGCCCCACAGUUAACUAACGUAUUUAUGGUGUCGUCCUUCCAGAGACCCUCCCAUUAAUCCGGGCUUGGGACUGACACAAAACGUCUCCAAUGGCUCAUGUAUGCAGCGUGUGACACUAGACCGCCACUGAUUCAUGUAUUUGUGAAUUUUGUUAAAUGGAGCCCCAUUUACUCUGUUUCACUUGAAAAUGAACUAUUGAUUAUUUUGGUAUUUGUCUGAUUUCAGCCUCUCAAAUGUGAAUAUUUUUUAAUUUCCAUAGUCAUACAUAAAAGCGGACCUAUUAUCUUUAUCUAGUCGCCAAAACAAGAUAUUCACACACAUAAGAUUUGACUUUGGAUAACAGUAUUCAAUAUUUUUGCCUCUUUUCUGAUAUGUGGCUGACCAAACCACUAACUGUUUGUGUUUGGUUCAUAUUGAUUUGGUUAUUUGAAAGAAAAUAAUUGUCAGUUGCAGCCCUGGUUAGAUGACAGCACUUGUACUUGGAUGUUACCAUAACACUCCUUUAACCCAUUAAUAGUAUGGUAAAAUCAUGUAGAUUUUUGAUAGUUUGUAGUAUUUGUAAUCAUUGUUGACUUACCUGUUUGUUUCCAGUGUGUAUGCAUCCUCUCAGCUGAAAUAUAGGCUUUUCCUUGAAGUACAGUCGUCCCCCGUUUAUUGCGGUUAAUUGGUUCCAGACCCGGCCAAGUAAACACCUGCAGCUGACAAGGCUAAUUAUAUUCUUCCAUUGCAGAGUGUAGUGCUUCAGGACACUUGUUAGGUGUACAGUCCUCCCUCGUUUAUUGCGGUUUAGUGAUUCCAGACUCAACUGCGACAAAGUAAAUUCCCGUGAAGUACGUUUCAAUAUUAAUAAAUUGAAUAUUUUCGUAGUGAUGACAUAGUAACUGUUUACAAUCCUGUAAAACAUUACCUUAGAGCUCUCUCGACAUGAAAUAACACCCAUAUAGUCACUUUUAUAUUUAUAUUACCCAAUAUAGUAGAUAUAUUCAGAGAAAAUAAGACACAUGAGAGAUAAAUAAGAUAAGACUCUCAUGUGAGCAGUUUAUUUUUUUCUAGACAGCGUACAUUCUGUGUUGGCUAUUGUCUCAUCAAUUUAUUGUAAUUGCAGCAUUAAAUGGCUUAUUACAGUCAUAUUACCCAAUAUAGUAUACAUAAUAAGAGUAAAUAAGCCAUUUCCGAUAUAAAUAAAAUUACUACUCGUGUGUGUCACAGUAAAUGUCUUCCCUAGGGGACAUUGGUGGCGGGCGGACAGAUAUGUGGGGGGACAGGAAGUGACAUCAAAGGUUCAGAGUUGAGUUUUUGAUUUUCGUGGGUUAUGGCCCUAACAGUAGCCUGUGUUAUUAUGAUUAUUAUUUUGUUAUUUUUGUGCCUGUUGUGUGAUAGUUGAAACCUGCUUCAGGCGAUCACAGCUGCUGGUUUUCUCACCGAACAAUGACUGAUACCUAAUGUCCAAUAUAGAAUGCUACAUUCACAAUCAGAAUGCUUCUUCUGCCUAAUAGUUUGUCAAUAGUUUGUUAGUUAAUUUAGCCAUUUUUCACGAAACAGCGAUCAUUUCUUUUUGAAAACCGCAAUAGAGUGAGGGUGGGAUGUUAGAACUGCGUUAUAGAAAGGGACAACUGUAUAUUUACCUGUUUAGCAUGUCUUGAACUACUUUGGAUUGGCUUUGAGUCCUGUUUGUCAGACGUAUACUGUACAUUCUUACAGGAGUUAGAACUAGUCAGAGUUCAGGUAGAACGCAGCACAGCGCCUUGUAGGCUGCCUUGAGCCAAGGGUGACAAGGCACACUUGUCAGUCACUCUUGUGGUUUUCACCUCAGAGAGUGUGUCGGUGCCUCCUCGAAUACGACAUGAACGCACAAGAGAAUUAAGUAACGGCGGAAACGACAACAAACAUAGAGUCAAGUGAGGAGUGGAAUGGCCUGAGGGGGAUCCCCCCGGUCCCACCUGCCCCCGCCAGGUCCAAUCUGCCUACAUCAACUGCUCGGCCACUGCAAACCACCACUGUGAUGGGGGACGGACUGGAACCAGGCAGCAGCCACAUCCCUCCUUCUGCUCAGCAGCCUCUCCCUUUCAACCCUGCACCCCCUGAAACAUCAGAUUCUUCUAGACCCAAACGACAGACCAACCAGCUCCAGUACCUGCUCAAAGUGGUGUUGAAGACAUUAUGGAAACACCAAUUCGCAUGGCCCUUUCAAGCUCCCGUAGAUGCCAUCAAACUCAAUUUACCUGACUACUAUAAAAUCAUCAAAACCCCCAUGGAUAUGGGCACCAUAAAGAAGCGCCUGGAGAACCACUUCUACAAAAAUGCCCAGGAGUGUAUUCAUGACUUCAACACAAUGUUCACCAAUUGCUACAUCUACAACAAGCCUGCCGAUGAUAUCGUGUUAAUGGCCAAGGCCUUGGAGAAACUCUUUCUCCAGAAGAUCACAGAGAUGCCACAGGAGGAGACUGAGAUUGCAGUGGUCUCGAAGGGACGCCGUGGCAUAAAACGGGAGCCAGCUCUGAUCACUAUGUCCGAAUCAGGCCAGGACUUAUUAUCGCCCUCCACCACCCCACAUACACGAGGCUUCUCAUCCCCUUCAACUUUCCCACAGACCCAUCACUCUCCAACCCCUCCUACUCUGGCCCAGCCCCCACGUGUGCCUCCUACACCCACGGCUCACGCACCCCAUCUCGGACCCCCAUACCCUCUCUCAACUGCAGGCGUCCAGGGCAUGACCUCUGUCCCACCUCCGGCCAUCACACACUCAGGCCUCCAUCCAGGCCAGAUACUGCAAAGCCCUGCUCUCAUCAAGCAAAGGAAGAGCCAGAAGAGGAAAGCAGACACCACCACGCCCACAGCCAACGACCAGCUCAGUGAAUCGUCACCCAUCUCGAUAGAGACUCGACCGCGUCGAGAGAGUAUUCGCCCGUCAAAGCCGCCCAAGCGAGACUCGUUGCAGCCAGACUCCCAGCACCACCCUGGCGGUGUGCUGGAGAUGGGAGGCAUGUUGACGCCCAAGCGGCAGGAUCAGUUACAUUCCUGCGCCCUCCUCGUCAAAGAGAUGCUGUCCAAGAAGCACUUUGCCUAUGCCUGGCCCUUCUACUUGCCUGUUGACGCAAAAGCUCUUGGCCUUCAUGACUACCACGACAUCAUCAAGCACCCAAUGGACCUCAGCACCAUCAAGAAAAAACUGGACAAUUGGCAGUACAGAGAUGCUCAAGAAUUUGCAGCGGACGUGCGGUUGAUGUUCUCCAACUGUUACAAGUAUAAUCCACCAGGCCAUGAUGUGGUUGCCAUGGCACGCAAACUACAGGAGGUCUUUGAGAUGCGUUUUGCCAAGAUGCCCGACGAGCCAGAGGAGCCAACUCCCGUUCCCACGCCGUCAUCUGCCCUCCACCCUGCCCUCUCCACUCGGCAGGUACCGCCUCCUCCUGUUGUCUCGGAAGAUGACAGCUCCAGUUUGUCCGAAUCUGAGUCCUCGGGGGCAGACUCUGAUCAAGAGAGGCAGCAGCGACUGGCUGUGCUACAGGAACAGCUCAAGGCUGUCCACGAGCAGCUGGCCGCGCUUUCUCAGCCUCAGGUCAGCAAGCCCAAGAAGAAAGAGCGUGACAAGAAGGAGAAGAAGAAGGAAAAGCACAAGAAGAAGAUGGGAGUGGAGGAGCCCACUGAGACUGCCCUGCUUCAGAUUUCCAAGAAGAGCAAAAGCAGCAAAGACCCACUUGUUGCAAAGAAGGAGAGGAAGAAGCCUGGUAAAAAAGAAGGCAUCAAAAACAGUCGUCCUGCUGUGCCCCCUCAGACUGGGCCCACCCCUCUUGUCCCCUCAGCCUCCCUCGAAGUAGAAGAUGACAUGGAUUUGUUUGGGGGAGCGGCUGCUGUCGGUGGCAAGCCCAUGUCAUACGAAGAGAAGCGCCAGCUAAGCCUGGACAUCAACAAGUUGCCGGGGGACAAGCUGGGCCGUGUCGUGCACAUAAUCCAAACGCGGGAGCCCUCCAUGAAGAAUUCCAACCCGGAUGAGAUUGAGAUCGACUUUGAGACGCUCAAGCCCUCCACGCUCCGAGAGCUGGAGAAGUACGUCUCCAGCUGCCUCAAGAGGAAGAAGAAGUCAUCAGUAGAAAAGCCUCUGGAAAUGACAAAUGCCACAAAGUUGAAGACAGGAUCUUCAUCCUCAGGCACCAGUGACUCCUCUGAUAGUGAAGACUCUGACAAUGGGCUGGUUCCCAAGCAGCAGAAGACCCUGUCAAACAAGGACACCAAGAGGCCGCAACAGCAGUCUGUCGCCAGUGUUGGCCCCGCCGCACCGCAGCCUCAAGUGGCCCAGACCAAACUGCCAUUCAUCCCUCCUUCCCAUGUCCCAGUCUCUGUCCCUUCUCUGGAAUCAUCACAGUUGCUGAGCGCCGGAUUUGACCCUUUGGCCCACUUUAUGAACCCUCACCUGACUCAGCCAAACACUGAGCCCAGUCCCGUCAUUCCUUCUUCUUGCGCACCCCUCAACACUGGCCUCCUCAACGUAAACACGCCUACUGGUCCGACAUCCACUGAGCCGCACCCGUUUUUAAAUCAGCAUCCCAUCCUACCCUCACCGGCCAUUCACAACGCUCUCCCCCAGCAACCAUCAAGACCUAGCAACCAUGCCGCACCCCUUCCUCCUAAGAACUCUCAGCCACUCCCAUCCUCACUUCCCCCUUUGCCUGUGUCCGCACCUCAGCUUCCUCUCCCACUCCCUCUCCCGCUUCCCCAGCCCGUUCCACGCCCCCGCGUACCUUCACCACCGUCGCACGGUAUAUUGGGAACCCUCUCUGCUCAACCUCCGCAAGCCCUGCUGGAGGACGACGAAGAGCAGACGCCCACCAACGCCGAAACGCCACCCCUCAGCCAGGUUCAAACCUUCCUGCAGUCGGUCCAACCGCGGACAUCCACGCAGAGCCAGCCACUGCAUGCUCACUCGCCCGUGCAAAGUGCCCCGCAUCUAGUGCCCUCAAUGCACACGCAAACUGUGAUGUCAUCCACCCCUGCGACGUUGCAGCGGCACAGCUCGGGUCACGCUCACGUGCAGCAUUCGUUCCCACAUGCUCUUGCCACGGCGGUUCAGCAACAGAAGGGGGCGACCCUCCAGCAGAAGCUACAGCAGCUGCAGCCCUCGCCACGCAUCAAGGGCGAGCCUUUUUCUACAGGUUGCCUGCGUGACAGCCCCUCGCCGCUGAUGAUGCACUCUCCCCUGAUGCCUCACUUCCAGACGACAGGACUACAGUCUCCCUCACAGAUCAAGAAAAAUGAUCAGCGGUCUAACUUGGUGGGGGUCAAAGAGGAGAAACCCUCCCACUCGCCAGUGCUGCCCCCAUCCCCAUUCAGCCCUGCCAUGCGGCUGGACACACACAAAAUUGACAGCAAACACAGAUUAGACGUGAAGUCAUUGGAUGGUUCUCGCUCUGGUUCCCGCCUUCCUGACUCCCUGGUGCAGCCCUGCAAUCAGCAGGACACUAAAGUCAAGCAGGAGCCCAAAACACCUGUCGGCCCCAAGAGGACACCGGAUGUCAAGUUAAAGAACAUGGGCUCUUGGGCGAGCUUGGCCCAGAGGUCUCAGUCCACGACGGCGUCGGCAGUCCGCUCCUCCAGCGACAGCUUCGAGCAGUUCAGGCGUGCCGCCAGGGAGAAGGAGGAGAGGGAGAGGCAGCUAAAGGCUCAGGCGGAGCAGGCCAGGAGGGAGCAGGAGAAGCUGCGGUUAGCCACCACAGGACACGUUCAUGUCUCAUGUUAUUUCUACAUCAAGUCAGCAUGCAUGUUUGUCCUUUGUAGCCGCGACGAUGAUGACUCUGUGGAGCAUGCUCGCCGUACACAGGAAGAUGCCCGCCGCCGCCAUGAGCAGCAUCAUCAGCAGCAGCAGCAUCAUCAACAGCAGCAGCAUCAACAGCAGCAGCAAUCACCACUUGCGGCUACUCCUCCGGCUUCUACGCCGCCCACUCACUCCCCACAAGCUCCACCCAUCCAGCCUCCAGUCCAGCCUCCAACUUCCUCAGCCGCACAGAAUGCCCUUGACCAGCAGAGGGAGAUGGCGCGCCGACGCGAGCAAGAGAGGCGCAGGAGGGAGGCGAUGGCUGACACAAUUGACAUUAACUUCCAGAGUGACCUGAUGGCCAGUUUUGAAGAGAAUCUCUUCUAAGAGCUGAUGGAAGUGCCAGAAGGACCUACACACACACACAAACACACGGUGUGCUAACAUAGACGGCUCACAGAAACAUCCAUAUAUGGACUACAUAGUACCUGUCCCUUUUCUCACAGCUGGCUUGUGUCAUGUGACAGGGGGCGGCAUGUUAUAAUGAAUGAAGCGUCUUUUCCUUCAAGCGCAGAUACGUUUUGGUGUCUGGCACAAUGUUUAUAGUUGUUGGCUGUCCACAGACGACACGUUAAAAAAAAAAAAGGCAGAGUUAAACAUUAAUCUAAGAAAUUAAGAACACAAGCAAAUGUUGAUCCCUCUCUUUUAAAUGGUGUUAUUCCAACACGGAGUUUAGCUGCUGUCCACAUUGGCUUGUUUUCUCAGGACACACAGCGGAAAGCAACACUUUACAAAGACACCCCUUCUUGUGUUCUCCCCGUCGUCUAACCCUUCUUGCACGAGUUCACUUGAAACAAGACCAAGUUAUGGCGCUUAAAAAAAGGAAAAAAAAAGUCCGAGUGUGUCCUCUCUGCCUUAGCGCUCUGGCCUGUAUUCUCUAUGAUCACACCCUGCAAAUUAUACAUAUUAUAUAUAAAUAGAUACAUGAAUAUAUAUUCUAUACAAGGACAAGUCAACGCUGAAGAGAGGAAUUUGGUUUGUGUGGCGGUCUGUGUCGAUCUCUUUGAGCUUUUGGUUUUUGGAUUUUGUAGAAUUUACUGUAAAGAAGAAAACUUUUUUUUAUGAUUCUAUUGAGGAUUUUUUUUUUGUCUCUCUCUUAUUUCCCCCCCUCAACUCUAUGCCAAAACUGUUGAGUGCUCAAAGUCCAUUCACAUUUUUUUCCCACUUUAAAUGACAUGAUGUUUUUAUUGCUAUUUAAUUCCCUCCACCUUUGUCCUCUUUUUAAAUCAUCAUUCUGGUAUUAUGGACGCCAUGACUUUUCUAUCCGCAUCUAUACACCCGCUUUGAUUUGCAAGUAUUACUUUGCGUCAAGCUGUACAUGUUUUAAGGCAUUUAGCCACCUUCAUCAUCAUCUUAACACCUCCUGCAGAGUGUGUGUACAUUUGUCACACUUUCUUGUAUAUUUUUCUUUAUAUUGUGGGACAUUGGUUGUGACUUUGCUCCGUGUACACUGGCCCACAGAUCCAUGAGUGUCUUUUAGUUGACGCCACCUUUCCCUCGUACCCCUUUUCUUAUUAUGUUUGGGCUUUUUAUUUUGUUUCUUCUUCCUUCUUAAGCUCCUUUUUCCUCUUGAUUCAUUUUAUCCAGAACAACCUUGUUGGUAUGUUGACAAGUGAGGCAUUGAGGUCAAUAGAUUCAUCUUCAGAUUAUGGACAUGUUUUUUUUUUGUUUUUUUUUAAAGAAAAGUAUUAAAAUAUUAUUUAAAAAACUUUAACCAUAGCGUAUUUGCUGUUUUAUUUUGUAUCUUCAUUAACUGACAAGACUGGUAAUGGAGUGGUGACAUUCAACCAAAAGGGGGCGCCCUAGUGAAAAGUCAAAUGGCUUCAUUUCUGUCAUAAGAUGUAUUGAAAAAUCAACCUGUACAAAGCUACUAUGAACGAGAUAUUAAUUUAAAUACAUUUAUUAUUGUGGUUGCCAGUAUGAUGCAGUGAAGUUGCAUACCGCUGUAAACUACUACCACAAUAAUAAACAAACUGUACUUACCUUACAACUGAACAUAGUUAAAAUUUUAACAUAACUGAAGUAAUACUAUUUUUCCUGGGCUUUAAUUAAAGUCUCCCAGAGACCCUGUAAAAGAUGCCAUAUAUCACAUACAAAUAAAGUUACAUUAAGGAGUGGGACAUCACA